UCAAGAACAAAUAAGUAGUUCAGGUGUGUUGCCACGUUUUGCCUGGUUUAUUGUCCUCGUGCGGAGAAUUUGCGCUGGUAUUGCGGCCUCCGAUGAGCUUGCGAAUACAUGCAACAUGCCAGUCCAGGAUCGGAAACAGGGGAAGACAGAUCCAUGCUUGAGUGGUGAGGCUUGUGGAUUGAUGGAUCGUUUUCCCCCCAAACGUCAAGCUCGGGAUGAACUGCUGAUUAACUGUGCUCACGCCUUUUUCAGCCAUUUUAUAAUAAUUACACUAAUCCCCUUUGAAAAUUUCUACAUAUUUCAAUAGUAAUGGCCUCAGUUCAAUUUCAGCUUCCCUACGCUUGGAAAUCUUCGUCGUAUGUCGACAAAAGGUCUCUCUAUACAAGACUUACCUUACGACGUUCGUAUCCUCGUCUAUGAAACCAUCUUGGCUAAUCACCUGUGUGUGAAUCAAAAUCGGCAACCCUCUAAUGAUCAUAUUCGUGUACUUCAUACCUGCAGGCAGAUCUUCUAUGAGGCACGCGCAAUAUUCCAUAAGUAUGUCUCCCUGCGAAACGACUGGGAGGUGGACCACUACCUCACUUAUCUGGAUUCUGAGCCCAAAGCUGCGCCUGUAGUUCGUUGGGCUGAUGUUGCCAACGAUGGACGUGUCUUGGAGAGUACACUUGACCAGACUGGCCCAGCCUCUCGGUUGUAUCUUGUAUUGGCAAAGUUCGUAUCGCUGGAGAAAGUGCGAGUCUUUAAUGUUCGUCAUUGUUAUCCCCACACGAUCUCCAUUGAACUUCGAGGGUGCCAUGUUUCCCACUGCAAAGGGUCCCAUGCCCCUCUUGCAAGCAUACGAACUUCAUCUGGAUCCAUCCACAAGGGUGAAUCCUUCCAAAUGGUUCCUUCGAAUCACAUCCGUUCGCUACGUCUAUCAGGAGAUUGUCGUUUCAGGAAAACGCCUUUUCCUUCCCUGCGCCAUCUCACCAUUCGGGGCGUUACAAGCAAUGCCUUUGAUCAGAUUCGCUUCAACACCAGCUUUUCCAACUGUCAACUCGAUUCCUUCAUCCAUGCACAAGGCCAUCGACUUGGUUUCGAAAUCACAAACGUCCAUCUGGAAUCCCUCCUGGCGGGCCCGGAUCACGCCUUCGUAAACUCGUCCUAUUGGGCAGUAGCCGGCUCUCAAGUACAACCAUCGCUUCAUGCCUCCGCAGUUUGCCCACCUCUGGGUCCCUCACUCCAAGUGCUCAAGCUACAAAUAACUCAUGCAUGGUAUGCAUUGCCCCUAUUCGAAGAAGAGCGGAACAUUUGCGAUACGAUAGAGGAGAGAAUUCUGCUUCGGCACUUGCCCCAUAAAGUGGAACAUGUCUCAUUCCAUAGUCAAUUGAUGGCCGAGCAUGGCCGAGAAGACAGGUGGAGCCACAUUGCCGCUGCACAGCACAUAUCACUAAAGAUAGGACCCUGGGAAGACGAGGAGGAAACAUAACUUCACGAGUUGCAGGGCAAGAUAUGUCACGUCUAAGAGAUAGUCGUAGAAAUAGAUGGGUCACCUAGAGGAAUGUGUCGCUAUAGAGGUAUGUUACAAAUUUCAAAUAAACGUCCAUGGGGGGAGGAAUACUGCGCAUUCCGUAAGAAGUCCGCGAAGCGAUGAUAGAAUCAAAG